AUGAUAGUAAUACGCACGCUGAUUGAGCGGGUCGUGUUCGCGGCGAUACUGAUCGGGUCUUCCUACUUCUUCCUGGAUUUCAUGUCUAUAUAUGAUGCCUCCAUUCGCUAUUCAAGUCUGCUGGCCCUGCUGCUGAUAUACGUCGCGUCGUACCUGCUAGCCAUUCUCGCGGAAAUAACCAAUUCGAUCAAGUAUACCCUUUUUUACAAAACAAGGAAGAGGAAAAUUUAUUCCUACUCUUUGAAGAAGGAAGGUUCACUGAAAAGGAAAAGCAAUGACAAGGAUUUGAAGAUCGACCAUCUGGUGGACACCAGUUUUUUGUAUAUGAAUCAGGACCAUUUUGAAAAUGUGAACUUUGGCCGUGGGUACUCUCGGGGGGGGAGGCGACCGUCGGGGGGAGCAGCUGAUACGUUUUACAGCAGGGAGAGCGAGUCCAGCGAGGAGGGCUCCUCCUCGGGGGGAAGCACCCCCAAGGGGGGAAGCUCUCCUUACGUGGCUGAUCCGGCGAACCUGCAGCCGCAGCCGCAGGGGCAGAGAAGGCGGGGGAAAAGAAGAGGCAAGUACAGCAAAAACGAAAUAAACGACUACGUGUUGAAGAAGGCGGGGAGGAACAAGAAGUACAUCAUAGACAGCUGCGAGGAGUUCGAGAAGCUCUGCCUGAACGACCGCAGGAAGUCGCUGAAGAUGAAGGACCGCAUUAUCAAGUACAUCGAGCUGAACGACUCGGGGGGGGAGGAAAGCGUCCACGGGGACGUCGCGGGUGGGUUCGCAGCUGAUCGGUUCGCAGCUGAUCGGUACACCGCUGAUCAGUUCACCGCUGAUCGGAUCGCCGCUGAUCGGGUCGCCGCUGAUCGGGUCGCCGCUAAUCGGAUCGCCGCUGAUAACCACCCGAAGAAGCGGCAGAAGGAGGGCAAACACGCGGGGUCGUUCCUGUACGACACCAAGUACCUGAACAUCCAAAAUGAAGAGUGCACAGAGGAGAGCAUUCGCUUCCAGAAGAACAAAAAGAAGUACAUGUGCUUCAUGCUGAAUAACCUGCUGCAUAGAAGGAGGGGAAUGAACAGGUGGAAGACGAGUUACUUGCCAACACUGGAGUCAGACACGAACAAGUACACGCUACACAGCUUCUACGAUCGAAAUAAGCACGUGCAGAAAGACACGGACUUUUCCAGGUGGCAUAAUUUACUCCUCAAAUUUAUAGUCAACGUAAAAGUGGUGUUCGUAAAGUUUUGCAAAAACACUUCGUUCAUUAUCUCCGAUUUGUUGAUUACCCUCAUGUUGCAUAUCGCCUGGCUUUACGUGUAUCAUUAUUUGCGGAGGAAUGAUAUAGCCACCGACACGGGUAUGUUCAACUGGAAUACGGACUACAUCCCUGCCGCCUUCACAAAGAUAGAAGCGUACAUACAGUACUUUAUCCUGUACGAUAUAUGCAUAAAAUUCUUCCUCUUCUUCUGUGCGAAGCAUAUUUUAAGUUUUUGGUUUUUGCUAAACUUAAUGAAUAGCCCCUUUUUUUACCUCCUCGUUUCGUACGUGACGAAUUGCCCCUUCAAGAAGCAUGGGUGGCUGUACCUGUCGUGUCCAUUUCGCUUCCUCAAUUUUUUGCGCAUAGAAAAUCUGGUUGGCCAGAGUAACAACCAUAAUAAGAUAAACUUCCCAGUGAUCACCCUCUCGGUGCAAAUUCUAGUCGUCAUAUAUACCUAUGCUUGUAUCCACCUGCUAAUUGAGCAGCCCUGUAGGGGUGACUACCAAAUAUAUGAUUACGUUUUUUCUGGCAUGCAGACCGUAUCCACAGCGGCCAUGGGAAGGGGGACUUGCUUCCCAUACACUUUGCAAGCCAAAAUUACCCACACGUUUUACAUCUUCAUGAUUUUCACCUACAUACACUACAAGAUAAGGUACCUGAAGAACCACAUGGUGGAGGAGAAAAAGAUAUACGGGAAAAUCCCCAACAUUGGGGCGCGCUACUUUGUCAUCAUAGGACACAUGAAGCCGAUCGCUCUCUACGUGAUCAUUAAUGAGUUACAGUCCACGUAUAACAAUUUGGACGAGAUCAUUUUUCUGACAAGUCUCCCGGUUAAAUUUUACCUAAAUAUCAUUCGCCUGCUUAACAAAAAGGGGUCCUGUCAAAUUAGCCUUUGUCUCUACGAUCUCAACAAGCCAUUUCCUCUGAAGAUUAAAAAAAUCAUCUCCUUCAGCAGUGGGAUCUUCAUCUGCAACAAUGUUAUGAACACGCACCAUAAUAUAAACAACGACAUGGAGACUCUAAAACGGUACAACGAAAUUAACUCUCUUGGACCUUUUAACAAAUGCAUUUCUGUCUUCCUAAAUAAUAUGUGUAAUAAUAGCAUUUUGCUCAAACGCAGCAAUAGGAAUAUCAUUUGCCUGAACGAGCUGAAGAUGAAGCUUUUUGCGAAAACGCUGGAUGACUGCCCCGGCAUGUUUCUCCUCACUCUCCUCUUUUUUAUAAACACACCGCAGAAGUUGAAGUCUAAGCACACGUACAUUUUGAGCAAAUAUUUUGACAACCUGGAGGAGGACGUCAACACGGAGGCCCCCCCGUUUGGCUCCUCCUCUGAGGGGGGCGCCAGCGGUCCGGAUAAGCGGCACACCGAUGGGAAGGAGAACACCGCUGGCAAGGCGAACACCGCUGGCAAGGCGAACAACGAUGGCAAGGCGAACACCGCUGGCAAAGCGAACAACGAUGGCAAACCGAACAACGAUGGCAAACCGCUCGGCAGCUUCUACCGAAUUGACCUCCGCACAGGGGACGCAGCCGAGCGGAGCGCACCCCGCAAGAAGAGGAGCAGCAGGCCCACCGCGUCCAUCCUGAAAAGGGUGAAGAGCAUCACCCAAGGAGGAGCAAAAAAUAAAAUGCCAUUCCGAAGCUUCCUCUCCCACGAGUUUGACGAAAACAUCUGUUACAAUUCGUAUAAUAAUUACCUGCACUAUAUGAAGGGGAUAAAAUAUAAUAUAUACAAAAUAAAGUUGCCGGAGAGCUUCCUCCACUUCCAUUUCGUUACCAUUGUGCAGUAUAUGUUCAUGAAUUACAACGCCUUCCUCAUAGGCAUCAUAAAUGAGUACAAUGAGGUGGUCCUAAACCCAGUCCAUUUUGUUUACACCUCUCUAGACGUCCAAUUCAUUCUGCUCACAGAUAAGUACAAUAUUCUACAGAAGAUACAGAGCCUGAAGAAGGUGGAGCUGGACUGGCUCAACUGCAUAGACUACGUGAAGGUCAAAAAGAGUGACGCCGCAAAAAGGGGGAGGAAUAAAAGCGCGUCGGCACCCAGUGCUGGUCAGCACUACUACACUGAGAUGAACAAGCUGAAGGCCCAACCGGGGGUGUACUUCAACCCUGUGUUGAGCAUCCUCCGCGUCGACAACUAUUUGCAGGCCUUGCAGUACUUCCGCGCCAGGCGGGGGGGGAAAGACCAACCAGGAGAAGCGGCAACCCCCCCGCGGGACAAACCAGGAAAAGGGAAAGCGGUUAACGCGGGGCAAGACCAACCAGGCAGAGGCAGAGGCAGAGGCAGAGGAGUCACCCCCCCGCGGGACGACUUCAUCAUCCUGGUCUACUGGCCGCAAUCCAUCAACACCUUCCUGAAGGUGCUGCACCAGCGGAGGCGACACAACAUCGUCAUCCUGAGCGACCAAGUGCCGUCCUACAUCCACAACAACAAGCUGGCCAAGUACAGCAUCUGCUACAUCCAGAAGUCGCCCCUAUCCCUGUACAAUUUAAUCCUCGCAGGAAUCCUGCAGUGCAAAAAAUGCGUCAUUUUUAAAAAUUAUUUAAAGCUAAACUCCCAUCAUAACAUCAUUUCGUACAAUGAGAAGGCCAAAAAUAUAAACUACUUCGAGUACAUGUGCGAGCAUAACGAUAGUGACCUGCUCAUCAUCUUCAACAACAUACAGAAUAUUUUCCGCAGGAGGGACGUCAACGAUGCGUUGGUGGAUUACUACAUACGCGAGGAGGGUAGGCAGUCCACGUGGUAUGAAAAUUAUUUGCACCAAAAGAGAGCGGCAAAAAAAAUGAACACUUCAUGUGGAAAUUCUGUAGAGCGAUACGGGCAAAGUGUGGAUGGUCAAAGUGUGGAUGGUCAAAGUGUGGAUGGUCAAAGUGUGGAUGGUCAAAGUGUGGAUGGUCAAAGUGUGGAUGGUCAAAGUGUGGAUGGUCAAAGUGUGGAUGGUCAAAGUGUGGAUGGUCAAAGUGUGGAUGGUCAAAGUGUGGAUGGUCAAAGUGUGGAUGGUCAAAGUGUGGAUGGUCAAAGUGUGGAUGGCCAUACUGCGAACGGCCAAACCGCGAACGGCCAAACCGCGAACGGCCAAACCGCGAACGGCCAAACCGCGAACGGCCAAACUGCGAACGGCCAAGCGCGUGCACAUCUCGUGAACGAUAAGGGGAAAAAGACGAGGAGGAAUAUUUACCUCCUCAUAGAGCUCAACAACACGCUGUCCGUCCAGUACCUGAACAACGACGUGUACACGAACAUCGACAUUUUAAGAAAAGCAAAGGGCAAGCAAAGAGGCAACCGCACAGGCGAAGGCAACCGCUCAGGCGAAGGCGAAAUGCCCAACCGAAUGACGCACAUGAGCAUGAACAAGGCGCACAACCUGCUCUUCAUCGAAAACUAUAAAAAGCAAAUCCAGUUUUUUAAGUACGGCAAUUUGCUCGUGGAAAAUAUCUACAAAAAAAUCGAGCACAUUUUCGUGGACAAUUAUUAUUUUUAUUUGUACUUUUUACAGUUCACCUCCGCCAGCGUCUUCAUCGAUGAGCUGAUUUACCACUUCAUUGGCUACACCUUCCCCAUCAAGAACAACUCCCUCAGCAUCGACACCAUUGAGGCCUUCAUAAGCGGCACCUACGCCGACAGCUCCAAGAGGGUAAAGUCGGACCUUCUCCUCAGGCGCAUCAACCCCAAGUACCACUCCAGGAACUUCUUCUUUCUCUUCCAGAAGUACCUCAAGCGGGGCUCCAUCGUCAUCGGCAUUUACCGCUGCAACGAGGAGAACAACAUGAGCAUCGUCAUCCCCUGCCCCCAGCGCAACUUCAUCAUGCACAAGUCGGACAAGGUCUACGUCAUCGAAAGCGAGUACCGAGCCAAGGAAGGAACCCCCUGAGGGGGUCAGAAGUCCCGGAAUAUGCAGAUGUUCUCCAUCCGAUGGCGGUAGUUCACAUUUGGGAAUUCGUCCAAGCGCGAGGAGUUAAUGGAGCAAAUGUGGAAGCUUUCAAUGUUCCUAUUUUUGAGCCCCAUUUUUU